UUUUCACAUUUCAGGAUGAGGUGGGUUCUUAUUGGCCUUCUGCUUCUCUUCAACCUUGGCACAGUGGUUAGUCUCUGCGAAGGAAUAAAUAGCAAGGAUCCUCUUGUCAAAAAAUUAGCAAAUGAAGGAUGCGACUCUUUUUGUAAAAAAACGGAGAACUUAGGCAGCUCUGGCCACUGCGAAAAAAAGAACAUGUGCACCUGCUUUGUUCCAAGAAGUGCUUUGAAAUAGGCUUGAUCCAGCUAUCUCAAUGUUCUCUGCAGUAGUACUGUCUUCUUUGAGAAACGUAAUA